AUGUCACGGUCACACGCCUUCGUCAGAGACUUGACCUUUCAGACCCAAGAUCUCGGCAAGGAGACGACGAUCAUGCUUACUUUCGAUGCCAACAUAAAAGGCCUCUACGAGGAGUCCUUCCCCGUAGUUUGGAAGGUCAGCACAUUCGGAGAGACGGGCGAGUAUACCACAUCCUUCCUGGCCAAUUGUCCAUAUAGUGUGAGCGUGACCUACACGAACCAGCUUGCUUUCUCCAAACCACAAGUCGUUAAUGAGUCCAUCGUUGGCGCUGAAACCUGUGUCGACAUCAACGUUGGCGAAAAAACCAGCUUGACCAAGACUGAUGAUGUCUUCCGGUUCUCUACCCCUGAGAAGGGAGCCACCGGUUUUCUGCAGGCCAUGAACAACACUGGAACCACUCAGGACUUCGCAGUCGGCUUCGAGACCCCUGGAGAGUUGAUGCCUAAGCCGGCUCUCUUCUUCGGCGGAGUUGGAGACGGCGGUCACGUCACGGCACAGUUCACUCCGAUACUGCGGGUCUACGUCACCUCGGACUAUCAAGAGACUGCGAUCAUACGAGGUGCCAUCGACACCCCUGCAAUAUGGAAGCAGAACCUCGCCGGGCUUGCUGAUUCCACGACCUGGAACCUUAACCGGGACUUGGUCACUGGACAUUACACGAUCACUCAGGCUCCAUGA